CUUCGCUUGCCUCCCCACCAAGCAUCACGAAUUUUGGACGCUGAGAACACGCAGAAACGCAUCAGAGAAUCCAGGGAAACCACGGGCGAUUCCGCCGCAAGCGAGGGGAAUCCGCACCGGAUCUCGCCGGAGGAGUCAGCCGGCCGCACGGCCUAUUCUACGGCACCACCGGAUCUCGCGCCGGAGUAGUCAGGUCGACGCGCGGCGGCGGCGGCGGAGAAGCUGGUGUGGUGUGGCUGCGCGCGGCGAUCCGAUCGAUCGAGGAGAUGGGGAGGGGAGGGCACACGCAUUUCCUUGACGCGUGCUUCCUCUGCCGGAAGCGGCUCGCCGGCAACCGCGACAUCUUCAUGUACAGAGGGGACACGCCGUUCUGCAGCGAGGAGUGCAGGCGGGAGCAGAUGGAGGCGGACGCGGCGGCGGAGAGGACGGAGAAAGCCCGCCGCGCCGGGAAGCUGACACGUGGGGCCCCCUCCUCACGCAGGGAGGUGGAGGGCCCACAGGAGCGGGGCAACAGCGUCCGGGCCGGGUCCAUCCUAGCCCUAUGAUGUCGCCGCCAAUGUAGAAGCUAAAUUUGCCUAUAAGAUCUCUCACCUUUUUCUUUCAUAAAACCCCACCAAAUAUAGUCGCUUUUUUACGUAAAAACGGGUUUGUGUUUUUGUUAAACCCUUUGGAUUGUUUGGUGGCGUGUUAGUGUGUUUGAUGCUGUAUCAAUCCCGUGUGUAAAGAUAGGAGAGGAAUUUAGAGAUAAUAAAAAUCUCCCCAGGUUGGUAAACAGAUCGUUGAAAAGCAUGUUGGUCUAGCUAUAGUUUAAUUUUCAAGGUUAAUUAAAGUGAUACUCGUGAUUGUCCUGUUAACUGGUUGCUUUUCUAUGCUUGUGGAGUAUGAAAUGUUGCAA